CGUUGCUGUGUCGUCACAGCGAGGUGGCUUACUUUUGUCUAGGUGGCGGCGCUUACGAGUCGACGUCGAGGGAGCCAUCCAUUUGACAGUCUGCCGUGGAUCGACCUUGUCAAUUCGCCCAACGUUGGCGGCGAGUGCGACUUGUCGCAGCUGGGACCUGUUCGCCGUCGUCGUAAAGUGCGAUCCAGUCCAUUGUCUCGACCUCGUCGCUUGCCGUCGUCGUCGCCAGCACCGACGUUGCCCGUAUCACUGCUAGGGCGUUGCUCGACGCCACCACCACCACCACCGGCCUCAUAUAUCAUAUUUGACGACCUCAUGCCGCAUCGCAAUUAACGAACACUCGCAUAUCAUUAUUUACGUUACGAAUAUUUUCUUAUACCAAAAAAAAAAUGUAAUCAUCAAAUAUUACUCCUACUCCUAUACUACCUACAACGAUGACUCGACCCAUCAACUUUGGUGCUGGGCCGUCUGCGCUCCCAGAAUCAGUCCUAAAAGAGGCCGCAAAUGGCCUGCUAGACUUUGAAGGGACUGGCAUCGGUAUCGCUGAAAUCUCGCAUCGCUCGAAACAGUUUACGGCGUUUGUGAAAAAGACAGAGACGCUGAUUCGGACGCAACUCAACGUCCCCUCGACACACGAGAUCCUAUUCACGCAGGGGGGCGGCACCGGCCAGUUCUCUGCGGUGGUCUACAACUUUCUGGCCCGGCAUCGACUGCUGCACCCAGACGACGGGGAGCCAGUUCUGGACUAUGUCGUGACUGGGUCGUGGAGUAAAAAGGCGAGCGAAGAGGCUCGACGGCUGGUGGGUGGCUCGCGGGUGCACAUUGCUGGCGACGGGCGGCGAGAGGGAAAGACGUUUACGCGGAUCCCGGGACAUUCAGAGUACUCCUUCUCGCCCAACGCCGCCCUCAUCUACUACUGCGAAAACGAGACCGUCGAUGGCGUCCAGUUCUCCCAUGACCCCUCCGCCCCCGCCUCUUUCCCCUUUGACCGUCUCCCGACGACAGCCGCCCUCCUCCCCCUCGUCGCAGACUACUCUUCCUCCUUCAUGUCCCGCCCCAUCCCCCGCCUCGCCGACCACGCCCUCAUCUUUGCCGGCGCACAAAAGAACAUUGGCCCAGCCGGUCUCACCAUCCUCAUCGUUCGCCAGGACUGCCUCGUCGACGUCGACGCCGCCGCCGCACUCGGCGCCCCCCCCGUGCCCAUCUCCAUGGCAUACAACGUCAUUGCAGACGCAGCCAGUCUCUACAACACUCCCUCCGUCCUUGCCCUCUACAUCUCUGGCCUCGUCCUCGACCGUUCACUCAAUCUUGGCGGCGUACAGUACUACGAACAGCUCAACAGGCGCAAGGCAGACAAGGUCUACGCCGCCCUGCGCGACGGCGAGGCACGCGCCAUCUUUCGCCCAAAGGUCGAACACGGCUCCCGCAGCUGGAUGAACGUCGUCUUUGACGUCCUUGGCGACGGCGCAGAAGCCAGAUUCAUCGCUGGAGCAGAGCAGCUCAACAUGAAGGCUCUCAAGGGUCACCGUUCAGUAGGAGGCAUUCGUGUAUCCCUCUACAACGCCAUUACAGAAGAACAGACAGACCGUCUCGUCGCCUACAUCCGUCAAUUUACAUAGCAUACAUUACAUCU